AUGUCACUUGCACGUUCAAGAAGUAACACUCUCUAACACAAGUAUAAUUGAUAUUCCCUGUGAAAACAACCUAUAAACAACUCAGGUACAUGAGAGAUAGCAGCCGUUUAACAUUUUCACGCAUGAUUUCAGGGUUAACCUUUAACACAGUUAAGACAUCUUAUAUUUACGGAUAAAUGAUCAGAUACAGAUCGAGGUCAUGACUCAAAUUUCAUCAGUUUUGUUAAAUCUUUAAAAAUAAGUGAAUUUGAACGGGUAAUAUAGUGGAGUAUUUGGAUAUUUGCGAUUUCAUAAUGGGAGGAAUGUUUGUUUUUUCUAUUGUUACUGUAAUUUCUUUGACGACGGGAAUUUCUGCAGCUCAAAAUCUGCCGUUUGAGGUGUUUACACAGUCGGGAACGGCAUUUAACGUGAAUCCUGUGAAAGUUACAUCUGAGGAUGAUGUACCGUUGUUAAUGUUUUAUUUGGUCAACUCUUCGCUCAAACCUAGGAUUGAAGUGUACAUGGACACGGAUUUUGUGAUUUCUUUUGAUUAUUCUAUCGUAUGUGUUAGUCGAAAUGUGUCAUUUUUGCUAACUGUUUCUGUACCAGGACAACAGAACCUGGAGAUAAUUGGAAACGCUCAGUUUAAAAUAUCUUGUGAGAAUGCUAAAGUGGCUGAAAUUGAGCAAUCACUACACUGGAAUAAAACUGGUAAAGCAGAACAAGAGAAAAUAUUACGAAGACUUUACAUUGCCGACGGACGACUUGACAUUCAAAUGCAAAGUGGUAUUAUUGGUUACAAUGACGUCAAAUUUUCUAUAGAAAAAGCGGGUAACAAAUCCGAAAAUAUGGAUUCCAGCAAUGACAUUGACGCAACCUCGUUGCCUAGCAAUGUUUCAUCUUUUGUCAUUUUGGAUCCAGAGAACUCUUUUAAAACUUUGACAUAUACAAUCAGAACAAUAAGGAAAAUGAGACCGAUCGACAAACUGUUCCGGGUGAUUGUAUAUGCAGUACAAAUCUUUGUAGCCACAGGUUUCGGAGCCAAACUAGACUUGCAAGUUGUGAAGGAAAACUUAUUUAGACCCGUAGCGCCAGGGAUCGGGCUAGCAUGCCAGUAUCUACUGAUGCCUUUGAUCGCAUUUGGAGCGUCGAGGGCGGUGUCUGCUGAAAUGCCCACUGUGGCACUAGGGAUCUUCCUGGCGGGCUGUUGUCCUGGAGGCGGGGCCAGCAACACUUAUACGUAUCUUCUGAAGGGUGAUCUUUCUCUGUCAAUAACUAUGACAGCACUCAGUACUGUAGCUGCUCUAGCAAUGUUGCCAUUCUGGUUGUAUACGUUGGGUAGUGUGUUUAUAGCAGGCGAAGAAGAACUGAGUAUUCCAUUCGAGAUAGUCGCAGUGUCCCUAUCUGUGCUAAUUCUUCCGUUGAUUGGCGGUGUGUUGCUCAAGCAUAAAUUCCCAAAAGCUGCCGACAGACUUCAAAAAAUUCUUAAACCUUUCAUUGUCGUGAUGGCUUUAGUUUUGAUAAUUGUUGGUGUAUUGGCUAAUUUAUACAUAUUUCGACUAUUCAAGCCAAAAAUCAUAGCCGCGGCCUGUUUACUGCCAUAUGUUGGCUAUAUCUGCGGUGGUGUCAUUGCAGCAAUAUUUCGACAACCCUGGGCAAAAAUCAAAACUAUUUCCAUAGAAACCGGUAUGCAAAAUACAAGCAUUGCAUAUAUUCUGCUCAUUAAUUCUUUCCCGGCGCCGUCCGGAGAUCUUGCGGCAGUCGCUCCCGUCGCGUCUGCUGUCAUGACGCCACUUCCACCCUUUAUAGUGACGGUCUUCUACUUAACUUACCAGUCCUGGAAGAAACGCCGAGGGGCUGCAGACGAAACAUGUAAAACCAGUUUAAAGAACGAUGAAGAAGCUGCCACCGAAGAUGGUGCAGACGAGAGGCUGAUGACGGAAAUGGCGUCAGCAGACAUGAAUAAAUCGGAACGCGGUCACACUGAAGCAGACGACACCGAGAAAGUGAAACCUUCCAGUAAUGGAGAUUCUGGUGUCUCUGAUGACAGCGAGCAAACGUCUUUGUCGCAAAAAGGCAAAGUUACUAAUAUCAACACUGAUCAGGAGUAGUGUUAUGGAACAAAUUUAAGGUGUGUCAGUGCGGUGUUUGACAGAUUCUUGUAUGAAAUUUUAUGAUACCGGUGAUAAAAAGUCAAAAUACACAAUUCUGACAUGGCAUGUCACUGUAUUCAGUUGGAAACACGAGGAUUAUAGAUUGCUAACUUUAACACUCAAACUACCUCAGUUUCAAAAGAUAUACUUUUAUCUAAUUUUAGCUAAAGGUGAGCUAUUGUGAUCGCCUUGUGUCCGUCGUGUGAUACAUGUUUAAAAUGUUCUUCGGACAAGUUUGAUACUGGGUCAUCUGGAAUUGAAUACUAGGUCACAUAAUAGAAAGAACUUGUAAAAAACCCAAAGUCAUAUAUCCUACCAGUUCAGUAUGCAAAUUGUCUGUGAACUCUAGUGCAAGUUAGAAACUUGAAAUUUCGGGGUCAAGGACUAGAUAGGUCAAAUAGUAGAAAAACCUUGUUUACAUUCUUAACAUUUUCUACAUGAUAUAUGAAACAUGUGAGAAAUGUUUGUCUGCAUAAAUUCUAAGACUAAUUUCAACUGUGUCACCUUGCUCACUAGGUUAAUUCCACAUACGUCCUUAGUAACUUUUUCUAUCUGAUUUUCAUGAAACCUAAUUUGAAUGUUCAUUUUUGUGAAAUUUAGGUCAAGUUUAAAACUUUGUCAUCUAGGGGAAAAUACGGGUCGCUUCAGCAGUCCUUUUCAACAAGUCUUGGGCCACAUCUUUCAUCCAGUUUUCAUAGAACUUUGUCAGAGCUUUUGUCCUCGUGAAGCUCAGAUUACUGAAAAAUCUAGGAUAUCUCGGAGCAAAAACUAGGUCACAUGGUCAGAUCAUAUAAAAUUUUGAUUCACACUCUACAGGCCAUAUUUUCUACCUGAUUUACAUAAAACAUGGUCAGACUGUUCAAGGUCAGUUUGGAUACUGGGUCAUCUUGGGUAAUGGGCAGGUUAAUUUAACAAUACAGGACAGGACCUUCUUGACAUUAUUGCCCACAGUUCUAACUAAACAAACUCAGGGAUUGAAAAUACAUGGAUUCCCCAUUUUUCAUUGCAGUUACUUGUUUACUUCUUUUUAAACAUGUUGAUAAAUUCAGUAUAGACAGAAAAUAGAUUUUCAGUUUACUGUCUGGUCAUUACUGGAGGUGGUGGUAUGUGUGUUUUACAGAUGGCUCUCAUUUCUGUUCUCCUUUGAAUGUUUCAUAAACUUUUAUUCUGUUUGCUUUUAGGUAGUAAAAUGUCACAACUCAUAAGGCAUACAUACAUGUUUGCUGUCCAUAUUUCUUAUUUAGUUACCUUUGUAAAAGAUGUAAAUCUAGAUCCUUGUACAUAUUGUUUUUUCUUUUAUUUCCUUAAAUUAAGACUGUUUUUACUCUUUGUUUCAUACUUGUAUUUUCAUAGGCAAAACAUUGUUCUUUCCUGUAAGAUCAGUCAGAAAGUACCUUCCAGGUAGUUUUAUAACUUCAGUUACAAACAGGGAUGCCAUCUUUGACAACACUUCUUUCUUUCUUAGGCAGUUUUGAGUUGCCUUUUGAAAACAUUCUGGUACUGGCCAAGAAUCCAAAUUCCUGGAUCAGUCUAGAUAUAAUUGACUGCUUCUAUAUACAACUUCUGUAAAACCGGAUAUUUUUUCAAAAGUUGGCUAUAAUUAAAAUGGGAAUUGGUUUGAAUAUUUGUGAUAUAUGGCCAACUUGUGAAGCAUAUGCAAUGUAUUCCAUUUAUAGCAAUAUAAACACUUGUGAGUAUAUAUUUUUGCAACUAAUGACAGAAAAUAAAUCCUUCACAAAA